GGCAAAACCCUACCUUUUAGUUCUGAUGUGUUGUACACAGACCCUUCCAGAAAAAAGUACUGACUGAACCGACAACAGGAUAGAGGGACAUGGAUGGCUCGAUCUAGACUGGCUCCCAUUCGUAGCCGCCAAAGGCAUCCCCGAAAAGAAGCAGCAUUGCAAAGACCAGCUUUCGUUCCAGCGCGGCAGUGCGCUUGUUUCAAUCUAAGAUCUAGACCUAGACUAGAAAUAAUCGCCCAACAGCCUGCCUACAAUUAUCUGAGUAAGGUAUUCAAAAAGCAUUCUAUCCCC